AUGUCAAUAAACUUGUAUUCCAAACUGAAACAGGACAAUGGUAGUAUAAGUUACAAAUUGAUUGAACUAAAUGAUGAUCUAAUGAAAGUCCUGAAGGAUAAGAAUACGCGGAAAGGUUUACAGUUCAAAUCUCUAGACAACGAAAAAUCUCAUGUGGUAUUAUGCUCCAAAGAUAAGACGUGGUUAGUUAGACAAAAGGAUCAUUCUAAUAUGUCCAUGAUUAUGCACGAGGGGGUUGUAGAUGAUGAUUCUAUGGUGAUUGAUCCAUCCUCAUUAUUUGGCCUACCUCCGCCGAUUACAGAUUAUAUUGGGUUUACAAGAACAACUUUCGAAUAUGAGACUAUUGUCACAGAGGGACGUCUACAUCUUGAUGUCAUACCUAUAUAUGAUGGUGAGCAACAUUUUAAACCUUCGAAAGAUCUAGAAGGUCUUUCCUUUGAAGAUUUAUUGAAAAAUUCCCCAUGUUCAAGGGGUGAAUCUCUAGCACAAUGGCAUAGUCUAGGUGGUUGUACCAUCGAGGGACAAGUUUGUCUCCUGAGCCCACAAUUUAUGGGCAAAGCAUUACAUGUCACAUUAAUGAGUGUGUUAGCAGAAUCAAUGAAACUUAAUGAAUUAAAACUUAAAAGUUCAUACGAGGCUGUGAGUAAAGAUAUGGAUAGCGGAUUCAAUCCAUACACCGUAGAAGUUGUCGAGACUGUAUUGAACAAGUUCGGUAAACAAAUAAAUUUACCUUCAGAGGAACCUAUGUGGGAACUGAACAACUCAAAUAUUGCCAAGUGGUAUGGUAUCCAGUCACUUAAGAAAUAUGUUAAUAAGAGCGCAUUAUCAAUCGAUGAGUUCAUGUUGCAAUGGAGAUCUCAGUUUCCUCCCUUUUUCCCUUGUGACAUUGACAUGGCAAUGUUAAGAGGCCAUUAUUAUCAACCACAGGAAAAACAAAUACAGUAUUUUGCUCGUAACACGUUGUCAAUGGAUCCCAAGGAUCGCUUCAAGACAUUAUUCAAGUUACAAUCCUCCUGGGACCUCCGUGAUAUAGAACCCUUUGUUGAGGAACUUAACGUAAAACAUCUAAAGAUCGACUCGUUCAUCAUGAAAUUCGCCAGAAGACGUAGAGUCGGCAAGCAUUACAUCAUCACCAGUAGAACUUAA